AUGCGUCUCUUGCAUCUCGACGCCGACACUGGGGCCAUCGUUCUGACUGGUGAUCUCCACAAGAGUAUCCCCAGAUAUGCGAUCCUUUCUCACCGAUGGGGCCCCGAAGAGGUCACGUUCCAGGAGCUCAACGAUGGGACCGGGUUGAGCAAGAGUGGCUACAAGAAGAUUCGCUUCUGCUGCCAGCAAGCGCAGUCUGACGGUAUUGCUCAUUUCUGGGUUGAUACCUGUUGCAUUGACAAGAAAGACGCUGUCGAGCUACGCGAGGCCAUCAACAGUAUGUUCCGAUGGUACCAGGAUGCUGCCCGUUGCUAUGUUUAUCUGGACGAUGUCAGCUCUUCACCACUUCAUUCAACCGAGACUUGUAGUGAGCCACCCGUCAAGAAGCAAAGGCGAGGGAGCACUACCACAACUGCUGGUCUUAUUCAGUCAGCUGAGGUCCCGUGGCAAGAAUCACUGCGAGAGAGUCUUUGGUUCAAGCGGGGUUGGACGUUACAAGAACUGAUCGCACCGGUAUCUGUGGAAUUUUUCUCCGCUGAAGGCACGCGACUCGGCGACAAACACUCUCUGGAGCAGCUGAUCCAUGAUGUGACGCGCAUCCCAUUACCCGCUCUGAAAAACUGCCAGCUUUCUGACUUCUCCAUUGACCAACGGUUAUCGUGGAUGGAAAACCGAGAGACAAGCCGCGAAGAAGACCUGGCUUAUGCGCUCCUCGGCAUUCUCGGCGUUCGAAUGCAACUGGACUAUGGGGAGGGCAGAACGUCAGCAUUCAAUCGACUACGUAAGAAAGUCGACAAGCUCAACUCAGACCCCAGAGAUCAAUUGUGUCUCAGGGAUUUGCGUAUCACAGAUCCGCGCGACGACAAGAAACGCAUCGAGCAAAUGAAAGGCGGCUUGCUCAUGGAAUCAUACCAUUGGGUGCUUGGCAAUGAAGAUUUCGAGCAGUGGCGCAGUGAGAGCGGUGGCCAAAUUCUGUGGAUCAGGGGAGAUCCUGGAAAGGGCAAGACAAUGCUUCUCUGCGGCAUCAUCAACGAGCUGAGCCACUCAAUCGAAUUGACUGGUUCCAGGGACGAACUUCUGGCUUACUUCUUCUGCCAAGCCACGGAUGAGCGCAUCAAUAAUGCUACUGCAGUGUUGAGAGGCUUGGUAUAUAUGUUGGUUGAACAACAACCAAUUCUCGUAUCACACGUACGGCGGAAGUAUGAUUCGGCGGGGAAACAGCUGUUUGAAGACGUCAAUGCCUGGACCGCCUUGACCGAGAUUCUCAGCAGUAUCCUAAAAGAUCCGAACCUACCGAACACCAUUCUUGGCACAGAUGCACUCGACGAAUGCGGCACCCCUGGAUGCAAAGAUCAUGGAGACACUGCACAACUCCAGAUCUCCGGACAGCGCCAUGAGCAGUCUACGGACUUGUCAAGACUUAUUGAAUUCAUCACUAAUCACUCGAAACUUUCGAGAGUGAAAUGGGUCAUUUCAAGUCGGAAUUGGCCGGAAAUCGAGGAGCACCUCCUUGCUGCAACAGGGAAGGUAUCACUCUCCUUGGAACUGAACUCUCAGUCUAUCUCCAAGGCGGUCACGGCCUACAUCUCUGACAGAGUUGAGCGGCUUGCGGAUUUGAAGAGAUACGGCGACGAGCUCCGUUGCACCGUUCGCGACUACUUCCAGUCUCAUGCACAAGACACUUUCUUAUGGGUAGCCUUAGUUUGCCAGGAUCUUGCCGCAACGUCCAAACGAAAUACACUCUCACGACUGCGCGCAAUUCCAUCGGGCCUCAAUGGUCUCUACCAGCGGAUGAUUGACCAAAUCGUGGCAUCCGAGGAUGCUGAGCUCUGUUGUCAUAUACUGGCUAUUGUCUCAGCUACAAAGCGACCCAUCACAAUCGAUGAGCUAGGCGCUCUCUAUGAUUUCCCGCCUGAUUCCCGCGAUGACGAUUCAUUGGCAGAGGUAAUUGGUCUCUGCGCUUCGUUUCUCACACUUCGGGAACGUACAAUCUUUUUCGUGCACCAGUCAGCGAAGGACUUCCUGCUCCAGGACGCCAGGGACAUCAUCUUUCCAUCUGGAGUAACCGAGGUGCACUCUUCGAUUCUGGCCAAUUCUCUCAAAGCCCUGUCUCGCACACUACAUCGCGACAUGUAUACCGUUGGUGCUCCCGGAUUGCCAAUUGAAAAGAUCUAUACACCGGACCCGGAUCCUCUUGUGGCGGUACGAUAUUCUUGUGUUCACUGGAUCGAUCAUCUCGACGACGGCGGCAACAAGCGUCUGAACAAGGUCUUCCAACAUCACGGCAUUAUACAUGACUUUUUCAAAAAGACGUACCUGUACUGGCUCGAGGCGCUCAGUCUUGUCGGAAGCAUGGAGAGUGGAGUGCUCUCCAUGGCAAAGAUCGAGCGAUUGGCCCUGGAGCAUGAACCUCAGCCUGCACGCUUGGUCGAGGAUGCACGUCGAUUUUUUCAAACCUUUAAAAACAUCAUCAAGACGCAUCCUCUGCAAACAUACGCUUCAGGUCUCAUCUUCAGCCCAUUUCAAAGCCUGACAAGACAAAAUUUCGUGAAAGAGGCGCCCCAAUGGGUCACCAACCAGCCACUAGUACCCCAACGCUGGAGUGCUUGUUUGAUAACGCUGGAGGGCCAUAGAGAGAAUAUCGUGGCAAUCGCUUGGUCAAGCGAUGCGGCGUGGCUUGCGUCAGCUUCUUGUGACGGCGAAAUUAGACUCUGGGACUCUACCACCGGCGGAUGCCAGAUAGUGCUUGAGGGUCACGGUCGUUCGCUCCAUUACUAUUAUCAACUCAUCAUUGCUUUUUCAAGCGAUGGAAGUCAGCUCGCUGCGGUUUACCAAGACAAUACCAUCAAGAUCUGGGAUGUCAUGGCUGGCAAUCGUGAAACAGCACUCAAGGUUGACACGACAGGCGCUAGGGCAUUGAUCUGGUCAAGCGAUGGUACUCAACUUGCGUUAGGGUACGCAAAUGGGGCUGUGAGGCUCUGGGAUCGUCUGACAGGUCAAUGCAAGAAAUCACUUGGACUCAGCACUGCCAACAGCGAUGAGCACAUCAGCUAUACGACUGGACAUAUCGCAUGGGCAAGUAACGGCGUCCAGCUGGCAUCGAUAUCAGCUUACAAACAUUGCAAUAUCCAAAUUUGGGAUAUGAAAACUGGUCGAUGCGAGAGAAUCCUUGAGAAUCCUGAAUCGGUCUCAUCAGUUGCAUGGUCACGCGAUUGUUCACGAAUUGCAUUAGGGUGUUAUUUUGGGACUGUCAACGUCUGGGACCCAUCAACAGGCCAAUGCAAGAUUACACUAUCUCAUGGUAUAGGCCCGAGAGUUAGAUCGAUUGUGUGGUCGAGCGACGGCACCCGGCUUGCAUCGGCCUCUUUAGGUGUCCCCGUGAAGAUCUGGAGCACUGUGGGCGGCCGAUGUGAAAUGCUACUUGGCGGCUAUUCUUCUGGCACACAGUCAGUAGUAUGGUCAAGUGAUGGUGCACGAUUGGCUUCGGUUCGUGAUGGUGACAUCACGGUCUGGGCUGCUUCAGCUAGCCAGGACGACGAUAGGCUUGAGACUCAGAAUGGCUGCGCCAGUUUGGAUCGUUGUUUGGAUCAGUCGCCGAGCAGAGACGCCCUGCAGUCCGACAAGUUCGAGAUGGCCAGUCAUGAAAGUCCAGCUGAGGAGGAUUCGUUCAACAUCACGUCGCCGAUUAGGUCGAUCACAUGGUCAAGCAAUAACACUCAACUUGCAACACUCUCGGGCUAUAAGACCGUUCAAAUCUGGGAUGCGACGACCGGUAAAUGCCAAGCAGUAUUCAAGAGCCAUGAAGAUUUAGCCAUGCCUUUUGCAUGGUCGAGUGAUAGCAAGCAUCUUAAAUCAUGUUCCGUCAAUGGCAACAUCAAGAUCUGGAAUUUAGACACCGGCCGUUGCAAAGAAACAGUUUUAGAUCAUAAUCGCGCCCUACGGACAGUUUCAUGGUCAAAUGAUGGGACACGGCUUGCGUCCGGAGAGGGCUGGGGCAAGAUUUGGGAUCUGUCGACCGGCCAAUGUGAGAAGACGCGGUACGGUGAUGAAGAGUUCACACGAUUGUCAUGGUCUGCCGAUAGUACUCGGCUCGCAUUAAGCUUUUAUAACACUAUCGGAGUCUGGGAUUCUCGGACCGCGAAGUGUACGAUGAUUCUUGAGCAUACAGGCUGGGUAACUUCCUUGGCAUGGUCCAGCGAUGGUGCUCGGCUUGCAUCAGCCUCCGAUGGGGGGAUCAAGAUUUGGGAUCUCUCAACAAGGCGGUGCUUGGCAAGAUUCGAGGGCUUAUUGACUUACUGCGAGUUUCUUCAGUUUGACAAUGACGUGACACAACGUCUACACACAGCCGCCGGAACUAUAGAUUUGGGAUCUUGCGCGAUGCUUGGAGAACAGCGCACUUCCUCGCCCUCUUUCCUGGGGAUCGGUCUGAGUAAUGAUGGAAGUUGGGUAACAUAUGAUGGACGGCAUAUUCUAUGGCUUCCGCCGGAGUAUCGGCCAGUUGAGUUGGCCAUUUCUGGAGAGCGCAUUGCCAUCGGCUGUGAGUCUGGGUGUGUUCUUAUUAUCGAGGUUGCGAAAGAGUUAAUCCCGAUUUAG